AUGAUCGCGACGAGUUCGCCCACCCGUCCCAUCCACAACCUACCAUCGGAUGAGAAUGAGCCUAUGCUCCCUCAGACGGAAACUGUCGCGACUAAGUUCCACUUUGAUUUGGCGAAGCUUAUGCAGAUGGAGAUCAAAGAAGGCGAGCCAUUCCCAUGGAUGCAGCACCUUGCCAUGCCAGGUCAUGACCCUCACGGACGGCUGCCUACUCCUAGCGACCACCUGAGCCACAACGCAGCUCAAUCGGUCGACAUUCUAGCCGGCUACGGCCCUCCCUCAGGAGGCGACUACGCUAUGAAUCCAGAAGCGCAUCACGAUGCCUACUACAAUCAGCCGUACGAGCCUCACCACCAGCAAGCCCCGCUACGACCAAGGCAAACUUGA